AUGGGGUCUUCCAGCAACGUUCCCACCUUCGUCUUCAUCACCGGUGCAAACAAGGGCCUUGGCUUGGAGAGUGUGAAGAAACUGGCCGCUGAACAACCAAACUUCCACAUCUUCCUAGGAUCUCGAAGCCUGGAGAAGGGCACACAAGCGGCCAACAGCAUCACAGCCCGGGCGCAAGGCACCACGGUUGAACCUAUUGAGCUCGACGUCAACGACGACUCCUCCAUAAGUGAAGCCGUCAAGUACAUUGGCGACAAAUACGGUCGGCUCGAUGUUUUGCUGAACAAUGCCGGAAUCAUGAUGAUCCCGGGCCUGUCGUUCCGCGAAGAGAUGACGAAGGUCAUCGAAACCAACGCGAUCAGCGCAGCAUGCGUUACGGAGGCCUUUCUCCCGCUGAUGAAGAAAUCGCAGGCCCCGCGGCUUCUCUUCAUGUCCUCAAACUUUGGAUCCAUCACCUACUGCCUGGACUCGACUCAGCCUUUCUACGGCUACGACGCAAAGCCAUACUUCACGUCCAAGGCGGCGAUGAACAUGAUCGGGGCCCAAUACGCAGUGCAACUCGGCAAGGAUGGUUUCAAGGUCAACAUGGUGGAUUCGGGCUUUCGGUCGACCAACCUCAACGGCUUCCAUGAACUUGGAGGCGUACCUAGUGAGGGUGUCCUCGAAGCGUGCCGGUUGAUCGUCGACACCGACAAGAACGGCCAACACGGCACCUUCACAUCGAAUGAGAAGCAACAUCCGUGGUAG